CUUUAAACGGAGUUUUAAGGAUUGACUUUUAAGGAUCAGGUUUUUUUAGAACACUUUUAGGAGGAUUUAUUUGUUGGGGGGGGGGGGUCUGAUGGGGAGCCCCGAUGAGCCCAACAGAAAGAACAUUGAUGCAUCGAUGUGUGGCUUGGUUUGGGUCCGACGUAGAAACGGUUGCUGGUGGCCGGGUCGGAUUAUGGGCAUUGACGAGCUCUCUGGAAACUGUUUAGUAUCUCCAAGAUCCGGUACUCCUGUUAAGCUUCUUGGUCGAGAAGAUGCAAGCGUGGACUGGUACAAUCUUGAAAAGUCUAAGCGGGUAAAGGCUUUUCGGUGUGGAGAAUAUAAUGAAUGUAUUGCGAAAGCAAAGGCUUCGGCAGCAAGUUCUAGCAAGAAGGCAGUGAAAUAUGCUCGAAGAGAUAAUGCUAUUCUCCAUGCUCUUGAGAUUGGGAGUGCAUGCUUUGGCAAGGAUCAUCCAGAUUAUUUCUCUAGAAAAUAUCAUUCUGAUGGUGAUAAUGGUUGUUCAGCCAAAGAGGCACUUAACAUGCCACAUUCUGGGAAAGAAAAUGAGGAUGGAAUGAGUGGGUCUGAGGAUGACUCGAACUCAGCUCCUGAAUUAUCACAGUCUGGCUUAUCCUUUGAAGAGACAAAUCUUAUUAAUGGUACUAAGAGGCGCUCUAUGCUGGGAAAGAGAAGAAAAACCCCCAAUGAUUCAGAGGAUGACGGAGCAGAAGGAAUCAAAUGUAUGAAAGGACUUGAGGAUCUAGGCAUGAUUGUAUGA